UAAUGUCAGUGGCAGUGACAGGGGUUGAGUACAGUUACCUCUUCAUUCUUCUUCAAAAAUCAAAAAAAUGAAAUAAAGCGGGAACUGAAUUUCUCUCUCAAACUAUUGAAAUCCUCCAUUAACAAGUUACUCAAAUCUGCUUUUGGUUCUUCUUCUUUGCAACAGCAGCAGCAGCCAUGGCGAGAACCAAACACCUCGCGAAACGAAGUCGCACCAAACCUUCUGUUGCAGCUGGACCUUCAGCGACUCCAUCGACGCCUACAAGAAAAAGUCCACGGUCUGCGCCGGCAACUUCAGUGCAGAAGCCAAAGCAGAAGAGGCGUUACAGGCCAGGGUCAGUGGCGCUUCGAGAAAUCAGACACUUCCAGAAGACGUGGAAUCUUGUUAUUCCAGCUGCUCCUUUCAUCAGACUUGUUAGAGAAAUUAGUCACUUUUUUGCACCUGGGGUAACUCGUUGGCAAGCUGAGGCGUUAAUUGCUAUUCAAGAGGCUGCUGAAGAUUUUUUAGUUCAUUUGUUUGAAGAUGCAAUGCUAUGUGCUAUUCAUGCGAAGCGUGUUACACUUAUGAAAAAAGAUUUUGAGCUGGCUCGACGACUUGGAGGAAAAGGACAACCUUGGUGAAGCAUUACCAUCUUACACCAAGUAGAUAAUGGUACAGCUACAGUUGAAAGAAUCAGCCUCUGAUGGAGUUUAUUAAGUUCGAUUAUCAGUACUUGUAGAUUGUUCUUAUCUGACCAUUACCUCUUGUUGUAAUUGAAUGGGCUAAUUAUGGCACAGUAUCUUCAAAAAGUUCCCAAUACUGUAGUAGCAAUUCUUACAGCCAUAGUUUGACUUAAUUGGUCGAUGAUAUUUCCAUGUGAUUAUAGUGGACGAGCUACAUAGAUGUCAUGCAGAUAGUAGUCUGUAUUUUAUGAUUUAGGCUGCAGAUACAUAUCCAUUAGUAGGUUUCUGGUGUUGAAGGAGUGACGAGAUCAGUUCUGGUCUUGAAUUUCUUAUUCUUGAAAGUGGUUGGGUGAUUUAGAAAAUAUUUUGUACCUGCAAGUUUACACCCAUCAUGAGUCGUUCAGGACUGUCAUAUGGGAAUUGUAACUAAUUUGACU